AUGUCCUCACCGACGGACCACAAAGACAGACGGGUACGCUCUCUUCUAGACACUACCCAUUACGACAUCCUCUACUCAUUGCCUGACGACCAUCCUCUCGCGGUCGCGCUUCGCACCUAUGUGCUUGCACUGAGCCUCGCGUUGGGCCCCGCACUACUUCCAUUCGUCACCUCACCCAAGGCGCGGAUCAAUGGAUUGGCCCGUCUAAAGAACGUCCUCAAGAGGGAGUUCGCAUUCGCAGGGUUUGCGUUCGCCAUGACCGUGGGCGUUGGAUGUGGUGCCGCCAUCCGACAUGUGUGGAAUACUGCAUGUGAACCAAGCGACGUGAAUAUUCGUUGUGAAGAUACCAACUUGGCACUCUGUCUCGCCAAAGUGAGACGAUGGCUGUCCUCUGUCAAAUAUGUUCACAGGACUUUCAUCUCUAACUUCAUUUCGUCCGCUCUUGCCAUCACGUUGCUUCACUCGAGACGUCCUAACUAUCGUCCAACCGUCGAAAGAGCAGAGAUCCCAUUGCUUCCACACAUCUCCGAGUCUUCAGCCCUACAUAAGAGUCUUUCGUUGGGUCCUAGACCACCACCGACUCUGGAUCUAACGCUUCUGAUCCUUGUACGGGCGUUGGACUUCAUCGUACAGGCAACUCUAGGUAGAAUCGCACGCUUUGAUGAAUUAGACCCUAAGAGAACACCGGAGCAGAAGGAGAAGCGAAGACGACUACUACAUUCAAGGUUAGACGCGUUGGUCUUCUGGAUGUCGAGUGCAAGGAUCAUGUGGUGUUUCUUCUACCAACCAGAAAGACUCCCGCGUUCCUACAAUAAAUGGAUCAUGACCUUGGCGAAUAUCGACCCUCGUAUCCUUGCGACACUGCGGGCCCUCCGUUCCGGUGAUUGGUCCUAUCGGCUGCAUUAUUCGACCCAACCCGACCUUGUAUCUUCCCUCUCGCGUGACCUUGGAUACCCUUCGAUAUGGGGUGACUACGCACUUCUACCCGCCUACGGGGGGCCACAAGCCGACGAGGCAUGGAAACUUAUGGGUGUCACCACACGCAAAGGACUUGGCGGCAUACCUUGCGAACUUGUACAUGGCAGCGUCACGGGUGGAAGCUGCACUGCCAACGCAGUAAUUAGAGGCGUUCAGGCCUUCGCUGAGGCACUUGCAUUGUAUACCCCAGUCCAUUUUCUACCAAUCAUUCUCACGCGCCCACAGACCCUGCUGCACCUUCCCAAGUUCGCCAGCACUGUCCUCUCUCUUCUUCGCAGCGCUUCAUUCCUGUCGGCAUUCGUGUCUUCCAUUUGGCUCUCCGUGUGCCUCACUCGCACCCUAGUUCUUGCACGCCUCUUCCCGGCCGUGUCGCAUGACUUCUGGGACGGCCCGCUCGGGUGCACAUUUGUGGGAAGUUUGGUCUGCGGUGCGAGUAUAUGGAUUGAGCAAGGCCGUCGGCGUGGAGAGAUCGCGCUGUAUGUAUUGCCGCGAGCGAUUCGGGCAUGCCUUCCAGAGAAGUGGCUAAAGGGUGGAAGCACCACAUUUCGGUACGCUGAGUGGCUCGCAUUUGUGCUCUCACUGUCCACCCUUCUCAGCGCUGCCAUCCAUCAGCCGGACUCUCUUAGAGGUCUCUCGCGCUGGAUUCUCACAUUUGUGAUGAAAUGGCCUAAGACCGGGCUUCGGAAACGUGAGCUGCAGGAGAAUUCUCGUCCCGACGCACCAGUAGAACCGCCUCCCAUGCACCGUGCAACGCCAUAG